UACGUAGCUCUCUCUUUCGGCGACAAGACGAAGGGAAUCCCUUUACGCUGAUCCGAUCAUCUUCCUGUCACUUAUUUACUUAAUUUUGAUCACGCUUUUGCCAUGGCCGUAGGUGACCUCAAAACAGACAAGGGUGUCGAGGACCUCAAUACCUACUUAGCUGAUCGCAGUUAUAUUGAGGGGUGGCAACCAACUCAGGCUGAUGUUGCAGUACUUGAGGCUCUUGGAAAAACACCGACAUCUUCAAAUCCUCAUGUUCUUCGCUGGUACAAUCACAUAAAGUCUUACGAUCUUAAGUCACUUCCUGGUGAAAAGAAAGCCCCGGCUAUUUUUUGUAUUGCCAACACGGCAAAGGCGAACGACGACGAUGAUGAUUUAGACUUAUUCGGCUCAGACGAUGAAGAGGACGUGGAAGCUGCAAAAAUUAGAGAGGAAAGGUUAAAAGCGUACGCGGAAAAGAAGUCGAAGAAGCCUGCGGUAAUCGCCAAGUCGAGUAUCGUGCUUGACGUUAAGAGUUGGGGGGAUGAAACAGACAUGGAAGUGAUGGAAAAAGCAGUGAGAUCGAUCCAGAUGGACGGUCUUGUUUGGGGUGCAUCAAAACUUGUCCCAGUGGGCUAUGGCAUAAACAAGUUACAAAUAAUGUGCGUGAUAGAAGACGAGAAAGUGUCGGUGGAUUUGUUAAUGGAACAAAUUCAAGAAAAUGAAGACCUAGUUCAAUCCGUAGAUAUUGCUUCGUUCAACAAAAUCUAAAGGAAAGAAACAGCUCAUUACUUUUAAUAUUGGAUUAAUAAAUAUUAAUUGUUUGUAUAUAUAAUUUGUUACUCUCUUAAUACACCCAAAGAGUUUUCUAUAAUGCGGUCUUCGAGAGUAAUAUAAUGCUGCUGUAGCUUCACA